AUGCCCCUUCCGCCAGCUUUGGCAGCCCGUCUCGCUAGGCGGGGACUCAUAGAAAAGGAGAAAAAUGAAGAAGGUACCAGUUUAUUAAGAGCUACUAAUUUUGCAUUUGGUUUGACUUCACUUUGUAUAUAUAUUCUUGGAUUUAAACGUUGCAACCUCACUUAUUCUACUGAACAUUCCGAAUGUCGUCUAAUCCUUAUUUUAGAAGAGGUAUUUGCCGAGAGCUAUGACAACGAUGGUUCAAGCACAGUACCUCCUGGUUUAAAGGGUAUUAGCCCCGUCCCAAUUAUCGAAAAUGGAACGCUUAUUCAUGAAAUAGCCGCCUGCCCAAAUCUCGCCAACCCCUACCAUGAAUGCACGGCCUACUGCUUCGAGCGAUACGGUCGUCGCACUUUUAGACAAUGUGAUCAACGUCUUGGUCGCUUACGUGAUCGUAUGCUUCGUCGAUAUCCUCUGCCGAGCCACUGGAUUGAAGUAGGGGACCCAGUAACUGGACGCUUUUAUUACUGGAAUACGGUAACCGAUGAGGUUUGUUGGCUCUCUCCUCUUCAUCCAAAAGCAAAAAUUACGAAGUCAGCAAGUGUUCUGCGUGCCCAGACACUUGCAGCAAAAGCCGCGGCCGCUGCAGCCUCGGCGGCGGCUUUGGCUGGAUCUGACGGAGAAGGAUCAGAUGAUGAUGAUGACGAAGCAAACGGAAGAGCCCGUUCGCGCUCCCCCACACCACCUCCACCACCCCCACCCACCAACAUGAUGCCCCCUCCAUCCGUACCCCCACCUUCCUAUGCCAGGCUAGGGAACGCUAUUAGACGCCCACCAAGAUUUGAAAAACGUGGACGCGGAAGUGCCGAUGAUCCCCUAGACCCAAUGGACCCCUCGGCCUACUCGGAUGUUCCCCGAGGGGGCUGGACUGCCGGCUUGGAAGGCGCCUCGGGUUCCACGCCCUCAGCAAAGACGGGCGUCGAUGUCACGGCCUCCGGACCUCUCUUUCAGCAGCGACCUUAUCCUAGCCCUGGCGACGUCCUGCGCGCCAACGUCGCAGCGGCCUCUAGACAACGACAGGCUCUAUAA